CAGGACCUCAGAGAGAAACCAGCAGUGCCCACCACCUACGAGAGGAACGAGUAGGAAGAGGAAGAGAGGCACACAAGUGUGGUCAAGAUUCAACAAACUAAUGACCUUCAAGAACCUCUGAUGGAGUGGUGAGAACAGAAGCCACAUUGAAGAACAGGGACAGGUAUACUAUCAGAUCCCAGAGGAGCAUAAAAGCAGGAGCGAGAGUGUUAAUUCAUCCAUCUGUGGAAAGAAGCCUUUUACUCAGAGGCCCCAGACACCUGUGACAUCGAGACAUGGAGCCUUGGCCAGGCGUUUCCCUUGUGGGGCUGCUGCUGCUGCUGGGACAAGGGCCCUCCCAAACCCAUAGCUCUUCUGGAGAGAGUACAGUGGCACGGCAGACCCAGCAAGUGUUGCAGACCCUGAAGAGUUUUCCAUUCCCUUGCAAGCCAAAGAAGUUAGGAUGGAGUGUGCCUUCUAAGUCAGUCCAUUCUCUGAGACCCUCAGACAUUAAACAUGUGGCAGCCAUUGGCAACCUGGAGACUUUUCCAGGCUCUGGCAUGGUUGACGUGGAGAAGCUUCAAAGCAUCGAGAAUGAACCACAGCAUGUGUGCAUGGGAGUCAUGACAGUCCUUUCAGAUAUCAUCAGACAUUACAACCCUUCUGUUCUGAUGCCCACGUGCUCUCCUGGGAGGAGUGGUGCGGCCCACAGCACCGAUGAAGACUUGUGGAUUCAGGCUAAGGAGCUGGUGAGAAGCUUAAAAGAGAACCCGCAACUUGACUAUGAGAAUGACUGGAAACUCAUCACUAUGUUCUUCAGUAACCCAAGCCAGUGUCACCUGUGUCCCUCUGAUGAGCAGAAAAGGCAGUUGAUGAGGCACAUGGAAAAGCUGAGUGGGAUCCUGGAUUACCUGCACCAGGAGGUCCCCAGAGCAUUUGUGAAUGUGGUAGAUCUCUCUGAGGUUUUGACCAUGGCUCAUCAGCACCAAGAGACUGGGUUAAGCCCUGCACCACAGCUUUGCAAUUGUUCAGAGGAUUCAACGAAGCUGUCCAAGGCCAUCAUGCAGUGGUCCUAUCAGGACUCCUGGGAAAAUCUCCUGGCCUCUAGUAAGUUCAACAAGCAUGAGUCCUUUGCGGUGGUUUUCCAGCCUUUCUUCUAUGAGAUAGAAUCAGCCUCGGAGAAGUCCUCACCCCAGGAUCCCACCACACUUGCCCUCAGGCUCUGGAACAGCAUGAUAGAACCAGUGGGUCGCAAGGAUGAGCCACUCGAUGGGACAGAGCAGAAGACGAUGAAAUGUCCGUCUCAGGAGAGCCCCUAUCUGUUUACCUAUAGAAACAGCAACUACCAGGCCAAACGGCUGAAACCCAUAGGAAAGCUUCAGGUGAGAGAAGGAACAGUAUUCAGCUGUUCUGACAAGGACCCCUCGGACACAGUCCCCACAACAGUUCACAGGCUGAGGCCAGCUGACAUCAAGGUAAUUGGAGCGCUAGGAGACUCUAUCACGGCGGGUAAUGGAGCUGGGUCCAGGCCUGGGGACGUCUUGGAUGUCUUAACUCAAUACCGAGGCCUGUCCUGGAGCGUGGGCGGAGAUGAGGACAUCAGAACCGUGACCACCCUGUCCAACAUUCUCCGGGAAUUCAACCCCUCUUUGAAGGGCUUCUCUGUUGGCACCGGGAAAGAAAACACGGUCAAAGCAUCCUUCAACCAAGCUGUAGCAGGAGCCAAAUCUGACGGCCUAGCUGCCCAGGCCCAGAAGCUGGUGAGCCUGAUGAAGGCGGACAAGACGAUAAACUUUCAGGAGGACUGGAAGAUAAUCACUGUGUUUAUAGGAGGCAAUGACCUCUGCAGUUCCUGCAAUAACCGGGUUUACUUUUCUCCCCAAAACUUCACCGAGAACAUCAAGAAGGCCCUGGACAUUCUCCAUGCCGAGCUUCCCCGGACCUUUGUGAACAUGGUGGAAAUGAUUGAGAUCAUCGCCCUGAGGGAACUGUACAAAGAAACUCAAGUCAGCUGCCCACGGCUGAUCCUCAGGAACCUGUGUCCUUGUGUCCUGAAGUUUGAUGAUAACUCAGCAGAAUUUGCCGCCCUUGUUGAAAGGAACAGACAGUAUCAGAAAGAAACUGAAAAACUGAUCGAGAGCAGGAGAUACGACACCAGGGAUGAUUUCACUGUGGUUCUCCAGCCAUUCUUUGAAAAUGUGGCCAUGCCACGGACCCCGGAGGGCUUGCCUGACAGCUCUUUCUUUGCCCCUGACUGUUUCCACUUUAACGUCAAGGCUCAUGCCCGCUCAGCCAUUGCCCUCUGGAAAAACAUGCUGGAACCUGUUGGCCACAAGACAAGACAACAAAAUUUUGAAGACAAGGCCCCUAUCGUGUGUCCAAACCAGACCUUGCCAUUUCUGAGCACGUACAAGAACAGCAACCAGGGUUAUGGAACCUUGAUGCUAUGCAAGGACAAAGCGCCUUCUGCCUCGCCACCAACCUCAGUGCAUGCUCUGAGACCCGCAGAUAUCCAAGUGGUGGCAGCUCUGGGAGACUCUCUGACUGCUGGCAAUGGAAUCAGCUCCCAAGAAGGUGACCUCUCUGAUGUCGCCACACAGUAUCGAGGACUGUCAUAUAGUGCUGGUGGGGACGAGUCCCUGGAGAACGUGACCACCUUGCCCAAUAUCCUACGGGAAUUUAAUGGAAACCUCACAGGCUAUGCAGUAGGCACCGGUGACAUCAAUUCUACAAACGCAUUCCUUAACCAGGCUGUCCCUAGGGCAAAAGCUGAGAACCUUGCAAGCCAAGUCCAGACUCUGGUUCAGAGGAUGAAGAGUGACCACAGAGUGAACUUCCGCCAAGACUGGAAGGUCAUCACGGUGAUGAUUGGGGCCAGUGACUUGUGUGACUUCUGCACGGAUUCGAAUCUGUACUCUGCAGCCAAUUUUUUCGACCAUCUUCGCAAUGCCUUGGACAUCCUGCACAGGGAGGUACCCAGAGCCCUGGUCAAUCUUGUGGACUUCAUGAACCCCGGUAUCAUACGACAAGUGUUCCUGAAGAACCCAGACAAAUGCCCAGUUCACCAGGCCAGUGUCCUGUGCAACUGUGUUUUGACCCCAGGGAAGAAUUCCCCUGAGCUGGCCAGGUUGGAGGCCUUUGCUCAAUCCUACCAGAGUAGCAUGCUCCAGCUGGUUGAAUCAGGCCGCUAUGACACUCGGGAGGACUUCUCUGUGGUACUGCAGCCCUUUUUCCUCAACACCAGGCUCCCUGUUCUAGAGGAUGGGCAACCAGAUACAUCCUUCUUUGCCCCAGACUGCAUCCUCCCAAACCAGAAGUUCCACUCUCAACUCUCAAGAGCCCUUUGGGUCAACAUGCUUGAGCCUCUGGGAAAGAAAACGGAUACUUUGGACCUGAAAGCAUUCAUAGCCAUGGCCUGCCCAACCCAGGACGAGCCCUUCCUGAGAACCUUCCGGAACAGUAACUACACGUACCCUACCAAGCCAGCCAUUGAGAACUGGGGCAGUGACUUUCUGUGCACAGAGCAGAGUCCUUCCAGCAGUGUGCCCACCUCAGCCCACAAGCUCCGGCCAGCAGACAUCAAGGUGGUGGCAGCACUGGGUGACGCUCUCACUAUAGCCACGGGAGCUCGACCAAGUGAGACCAACAACCAGAACACCCCCUGGAGGGGCCUAUCUUGGAGCAUUGGAGGAGAUGGGACGUUGGACACCCAUACCACACUUCCCAACAUACUGAAGAAGUUCAACCCUUCCAUCCUUGGAUUCUCUACUGGUACCUUGGAGUUGACAGCAGGAUUAAACAUGGCAGAAGAAGGAGCCAGAGCUCAGGACAUGCCUGCCCAGGCUCGGGCCCUGGUGGAGAGAAUGAGAAGCACACCUACAAUCAACUUGGAGGAAGACUGGAAGCUGGUGACGCUCUUCAUUGGAAGCAACGACCUGUGUCAUUACUGUGAGAAUCCGGAGAACUACUCAACCGAGGAAUAUGUCAAGCAUGUCCAGCGCGCUUUGGAUAUCCUCUAUGAGGAGCUUCCGAGGGUUUUCAUCAAUGUGGUGGAGGUCAUGGAGCUGGCUGGCCUGUACCAGGGCGAAGGCAGGAAAUGUGCCAUGCCACUGGCAGUUCAGAACAACUGCAGUUGCUUGAAACACUUUCAAAGCCCCACGGUGAUGCAGAAGCUAAAGAAGGUGAACUGGGACCUCCAGAGCGGCCUCUCCGCGCUCUCCUACCAGCACCAGUACGUGCAGCGCGAGGACUUCGCAGUUGUUGCGCAGCCUUUCUUCCGGAAUACCCUUGUCCCACUGAAUGAGCGUGGGGGCAUGGACCUCACCUUCUUCUCCGAAGACUGUCUCCACUUCUCAGAACGUGGCCAUGCUGCGAUGGCCAUUGUCCUCUGGAACAACAUGCUGGAACCAGUGGGCCGGAAGACGACCUCCAACAACUUCACGUACAGCCGAACCAAACUCAAGUGUCCCUCACCUGAAAGCCCUUUCCUCUACACCCUUCGGAACAGUCAGCUUCUCCCAGACCAGGCUGAGGAAACCUCCAAGGUGCUAUACUGGCCAGUUGUAGUGGCGGCAAUAGGCGGCCUGGUAGUUGGCAUCCUUGGAGUGAUGCUGUGGAGAACCAUGAGACACUCCAGAAAAGGGGAUCUCCCUGCAAAUACGAACACUGCUGCCUUCUAGGACCCUGAGCGACCUUCAUCCACAUUCCCAGCACCACUCUUCACCCAGCCUUCAGCUGCACCAGCCCUGGACACUAAGGCCAGCCUUGCUUCCGUACCUAGAGCCCUCAGAAGCCAGAGCAACCGCCACAGCUCUUGGGAACUGGGCCGCUUCCAGGUUUAUACAAGGCCAGGGCCUUUACUGAGAGACUGUUUUAUUCUUAGCUUAGCCUGCUCCUUGUCCUCACCCUCUAUCUGAUGCGUAUACAGGUGUGGUAGCCAGAGGAUCUUGGGUCCUAUACCAGGCAGGGUUGCCUGGGGGAUAAGACCAGAGUCCAGACUGGUGCUGUCCAGCUCCAUCACAGCCCUAUGACAAGCCUCUCUUCAUUCUCCAGCCCCACAGCUUCAAAAGAAAAGAACACUGGUUGCUUGAUGGUGGCUGGAGUCUGGGGCUGACUGGCCACUAUUGUGUCUCACCCAACACACAGGUGUGCAUUCAACACCUGUUUUGCUUCAUGCCCAGGACAAUGGGAGCAUUGUGGUGGGUCCUAGGCUAUACAUGUCACAGCCGGGCUGGGAAGACAAACUCCUUCCAAAGAAGAAGAGGCUCUAUGAUAACGUGGUUGAUACUGGUACAUGUGUCUGAUUGCUCAGGGAGUUUUCCCUCGAAGAAGAGUGUGCCAUUUUGGAAGAAAAAUAUGUUGGGAUAUGAAUUAUGUCAUGUCCUCUCUGCAUGGUUUUCAGAUAGCACUAAUUUUAGAUGACUACUAGUUCUAUGUCAGCUAAUAUCUGAGAGAAACCUGGAUUAAAUCUGAAAAUACAAAUCAUUGGUCAGGGGCAAGGCCAGAGCUGUGUGUCUCAUACGAGUUCUCCCUCUUAUUCUGUACAAAACCCCAGAGAGGGCACUUUGAAAAUGGUGGUGGUGAUCAUCAACACUGCGUGUGUACUAAACGCUGAUGAGUUCUUUCUAAAAACGCGUGUGCCGUGAGAAUUUCGCCUCAAGGGAAACCAACAAGAAUCUAGGAGGUCAGCGUGCUCACUUUCAUAUUCAGCAUCUCUAUGCGACCAAAACAUGGGGUGACAAUACAAGUUAGAACCCCCAGCAUACAAACCACAUUUUCCAGCUCAGCUUCUCAAUAUAAUUGGAUUGCAAGCACACAUGUUGCUUGGCUUACAGCACUUUUGAGAAGCAGGUUCUACAAAGCUACUUUGAUAUCCUAGAACACUGCACAAAUGAAAACAUGUUGUCAUUUUUAGUAAAGGAUUGAGGCAAAGCCCAUAUUGCUGUAUAAGAGGCCCAGAGAUGGGCCCAUGAUACUGGGCAGUAAUCUCAGGGAUGAAGACUGCCUGCUUUCCCCUCCUGGAAGCUCAUCGCCUCCUUUUGGAAAGACCGAUAAGAAGGGUCACACUCAGUUUCUGUUUCUCAGUUUCUUCUUUUUUCACUAUGAAAAGCAUACCAUCCCCUGUUCAUUCUGUGAACUAGACAGUGCUGUGACUGAGUCAGCACAUCCCCCAGGUCCUUGUAGUUUGAGAUAACUUCACAACAAAGACAGCCUAUUAAAUCUAAGAAUUCCAGGCCGUGUGCCAUCCUUUUCUUUUUUCCAGCCUCCAUUCCUCUUUCAGUCCCAACUCUAGAGAACACCUGACUCAAAAGCCUGACACAUUCAGCACCAACAUGGCAGUUCAAGUGGAAAACUCCACGCCUGACCCCAUAUGAUGGGUUCCAAUGAAAACAUGGGUCUGUUGAAACAGUGUGGCGUAAUCUGCAGACUAUCCGUACUUGUUCGUCCACCUGAAACAAAAGUGGCUCUCAUCUUUAGAUUUGGGUUCCUCAGGGCAUCUCAACUACAUGUAUACAAAUACUCAAAAAUGAAAGAAUCUGAAACAUUCAGAUCCUAUGUGUUUUGGAUGAGGGACAUGGGACCUGUAUGCACCGAAGGUGUGCCAUGUCCUUUUAGGUAAACAGCCCAGUUAGGACUAUGCCCAAAGCCACACCAUGAA